CGCACAAAAACUUAUGUCUUUUUCUUGAUCAAUUUUUCUACGUUGAAUGAAGAAUAGCCAACAUGAAGAAGUGCUAUAAUAACGAGCCAAGAUCAAGCUCAUCUUGCGCAGCUUGCAAGCUACUCAAGCGAAGAUGCAGCCCAAGCUGCAUCUUCGCACCUUAUUUUCGAGCCAACGAGCCUCGAAAAUUCGCCAAUGUUCAUAAAGUAUUCGGAGCCAGCAAUGUAAGCAAGAUCCUGAAUGAAGUCCCUGAAGAACACCGUGAGGAGACUGUUAAUUCUUUAUUAUUUGAAGCCGAGGCUCGGCUCCAAGACCCGGUAUAUGGUUGCUUAGGCGCAAUUGCGCUUUUACAAACACAAAUGUUUCAGCUCGAGCACGACUUAUCCGUGGCUCGAGCUCGCUUGGCUCAAUACAAAGCUGCUAGCUGCUUAUGUGCUGAUAAUUAUAGUAAUAAUAAUACUUUUAAUUAUAAUAUUAGUGAGAAUGAUUUAUUUGGUUUAGGAGAUCAACAUAAUAAUGUUAAUAAUAAUCAUAUCAAUUUAUGCAAGGAAGAGUAUUUAAUAAGUUCAGAUCAGUUUAGCCAAAGUGAUCAUGUAAUUAAUGACUUUGGUCUAGUUCCUGAUCUACUUCCUUUAUGAUCAUCUAAUUAAUCUUUAUCUUUAUUUUUUUUAAUUUUAAUUCCUAAGUUUUAAACUCGGAAAAGAUGGUUAUUUUAGAAGACAAAGAAAUAAUAUGUUUAAAAGGACCUUUAGCUAUGUUAAUACCAAUAAUUAUGUAUCCUUUAAAUUGUGUAU